GAAUAUCUAUCUAGCGAUGCCUAUGAAAUGGAUUUGGGCCGAGCUACCCGAACCCCCAUCUUGACCCAUAGAAUAUGAACUUGGAUUUACUCUCCUGCUAUCCAAAUUUUGGUUGAAAUAGCAAAAAGCCCAAAUCUUAAACUAUGGGCUUCUGUGACUGCCUAAUCUCCCAAACUUGCUGUGUUAGCCACCUAAAUCCAAGACGCCCAAAGAGGAUUGGCCCGGAAUCACAUUAAUGUGCAGAUAUCAUAAUUUUAGCACAUUAAAGAAAUCACAAUUUUUUUGGAGAGGGUAUACCGUAUAUAUGUAGCACUCCUCCCACCAAUCCCAUGCAUUGACGUGGUCCACGUUCAGCUGGGAAGAGGAAAGAGCGGUUCAAACCAACCGACCCAAAUAUAAAAAUAAUAAUAAUAGAAAAGUGGGCUCAAAGGCCCAAUUCCGAAAGCGCCAAAAGCUGGGCUGGAUUCAAUCGCACGUCUCGGAGUUGACGGCUUUACGCCAUUUCCACACACCACACGUUAACUGCCACGCGUCCUAAAUCCGCUUUCUUAGCCUGUCUUCGUUUUUAUAUUUUCAUCAUUUAAUUUUAUUAUUAUUAGUGCCUCUGGGCCCCACGUUCUUCUUCCUUUAUUUUCCACGGACCAGACCAUACCGUCCCAACAAAAUAAAAAAUACCCCAUGCUUUACCGCUAAAUUACCAUUACUACUCCCAACGGCCAACCUUAUCUUUUCCUUUUUUCCACUAAAUUAUUUAUCUUCGGGUGGUUUGGAAGUUACGAUAGUUUUGUUAAAAUUAUCAUUAUGCAUGUAUUCUUUACAAUGUAUUUUUUUUUUUUUUUAGCAGAAACAAUACAUAAAUUGUUUUUGUGAUGUGACAGAAACUAUCACUCAUUUUGAGUGAUUGUUAUAUAUCAACUUUUAGUUGUGAUUGUUGAGAUAGUUGAGUUGAGAUUGUUUUGUCUCAGCUUUUAGCUGAUGCGACAUACACAAUCACACAUACCAAACGUUAUAUUCUACAAUGCAUGAAAUUUGACAAUACAUGUAUAAUAUUAUACAUGCAUUCUCAACAAUACAUCUAUUGAACAAUCACAACUUCACUUUGGUUUUACAUAGCAGUUGUUUGCGCUUUGCGGGCUGUAGGAAUUUUAAGACAAACAAGUAGGUAAUUUAAUUUUACGAUCAAAUUACAUUGUAAAAAGUUAGAUGAAAGGAUAAUAACUGCGAUAAAGAAAGAAGAAAAAUAAUCCCAACUUUAAUAGGAAAGAAAUAGGGCGUCUGACCAAAAUAAUAAAUGAAAAUCAGAAUAAGAAGAAACAAAACGACGGUGUUUGAUAAGAAUCAAGAAAGGCGGUUCCGCGUGGUGGUGGGGAGAGAGGAAAGAGAUGAGCAACCCUAGCUAGCUGCUGAAUCCUCUUUCCUUUCACCUUCCUUCCUAUCUUCCUCCUAUUAUAAAAAUACCAUAUCUUCCUGCCGUCCUCUGCUAUCUAUUCACAUUCCUACACCUCCAAGAGAGAGAAACAACAAGAAAAAAGAAGGCAAUAAGCCGAAGCAAAGCUCUGCCUUUCUCUCUCCGCCUUCUUUCUUCUUCCGAUCAAAAUCCAGAGAGCCUCUCUCUUCCUUCCUCGUAGCAAACUCCGACCACCGCGAUGGCAACAGCCGUUCUCAGCCCGCAGGACUGCCUCCGCGACCCCUUCUCCACCCGCGGCGGUCUCCUCACCACCCCGCCGCGCAACAAAAUCCGCCGCAACCCUAACCCUAGCCCCGCCACCGCCCCCAGCUCUACCAAGCACGGCCGCGGUCAAUCCAACAGCCGCAGGAAGCGGAGCCCCAACUCCUCUCCCCCUCCCCGUCCCACUGCCGACUCGUCGUCCCUAUCCCCAGCCAAGGUCCUUUCCAUGGGACAGGUCAAGAUCCUCAAGCGAGGCGAGCCGAUCCAGAUGAAGAAGAAAGACGAUGAUUCGACGGCCGCAGUUAAAGUUCAACAGAAGGUCGAAAUCAAGCUGGAUCUGGCGGUUUCUCCGCCGGUGACUCCCAAGAAGCCAAUCGUUCGAGUCGCCGCACCUCCUCCACUAGUGAAUAGAUCCGUAGCCGGAUUCUACGCCGGAUCCGGAUUCUUCACCUCACCGCCUCCUAGCUCCCUCCCGGUCCCCGUCUUCCUCAAGAAGAGCGCCGCCGUUGGUGUAGAUAGCGAGGCGACCAACGACCUGCGCAGGCUUCUGAACCUCGCCUUGUAGUGGUGGGAGAGAGGGAGAAUCCCAGAUCCGGGGAGGGUAACCUUGUAAUUUGUUCAUCUUGUUCUUAUGCUUGUUUUCUUCUUUCUCCUCUAUUUUCCUUUAUUUUGGGUUUCUUCUUUCUUCGCUCGAUCUUGCCCUUAUUUUUUCAAGGGGAUAAGAUCGAGGAGUUUGGUUUAGACUCAAGUUAGGCUACAGCAGCAAGAGUAGCAGCAGGUGUCGAAGCAUGGUGAAUUGGUUACGAGAUCUCUUCAGGAUCUGUUGUAUAGUACUACUACUACUACUAUUACUAUAGGUGAAUCCUUUCAAUCCGGGGCUGUUGGUUGAUUACGAGUCAGAAGUGUAGUAUAGUUGGUGUGUAGAGUUGGAUAGAAAGUAACUAGUAGCGUUUGUGUCUGUAAUCUGCAGAAGUUUGUUUCUUUCAGUUCGUUUCAUUUCAUGGUUGAAAAGGGUAUUCUGUUUAGUUCGUGUCUGUUCAUCAGUUUAUGUAAUCAUAUCAAGUUUUAGUUGAAAUAUAUUUCUGUUUGCGUCAUUUCUUCUUCACUUUGCUGGUGAAUCAUUGUGUUUUGGUGGUCUUCAAUUUGUAAAAGAGAUGUGCAACAGGAGACCAAGAUGGGUUUUGAUGUGAGCCGAGCUGCCACUCUGAACUGAAUCGCCCGGAGACCCAUAAAGUAAUUGGUUCUGCCGUGAGAAAAACAAAAUUGUCUAUUUGUUGAUGGAGAAGAGGAUCGGUACUUCGGCAUAUAUGAUCCUUUGGCAUAACCAGUCUUCACCAAUGAUUACGAUCGGCUUCAAAAAUUAACCUGAUUGGGAUUAGAAUGCGUCCUGCUUUCAUCGACGACGAGUAAAAUGUGAAGGUAACAAGGAACUGGUCGUCGACGAGACCUUUCAGUCUUCAUGUGAAGGGAAUGAAAAGAUUAGAAGAGAGAAGAACGCGUGGUUGGACCGACUAGAUUAUAUAGCUGGUGUUGUUCGGCUUCCCAGAAUUGCAAGUUGGAAUUUAAGUAAGCCAUGACCGUGAGAAAAACAUAAUCUACAGAAGACAGAUAUUAUACAAUGGAAGUUCAAAUGGUGUUUGUUCAAUCAAGAUAUCAGAUCUAUUUCAACUGGAUUCUUUUACAGCAGAUGAAAUACGACUCGUCAAAGCUAUACUUGUUAGUCUCGAGCUAUAAUUUUUACAACAAAUCCAAAGCUCAAAUUGAUCUUCAAAUGCUUUUCAUGACGUCACGCGUUGGAGUGGGACAAUAGACAGUAGCGAGUAAGACAUCGGUAAGUAAGAAAGUAAAAAACACAACAAUUUAAGUGGUUUACUAAAAUAACUGAGUGUUAGCCAGCUCACCGGUGGAGAGAGCCAAUUUCAAUAUACUUGAACAAAUUACAUAGGAGUAUAAGAAGUAUUUGUAAGACUUCAAACCAUGAUUCAUUAUGAUAAAAAUAUAUGAAUAUCAACUCUAUCCAACACAAAAAAAUCAAACGUGUACAAGUCCGUGCAACGAGAUUCCCAUGACUUUCAGUCGAUGACAAAUCAUUCGAUUCAAGUAAAAUCACACACUGAAAAUACUUGAACAAAUUACAUAGGAGUAUGAGAAGUAUUUGUAAGACUUCAAACCAUGAUUCAUUAUGAUAAAAAUAUAUGAAUAUCAACUCUAUCCAACACAAAAAAAAAAUCAAACGUGUACAAGUCCGUGCAACGAGAUUCCCAUGACUUUCAGUCAAUGACAAAUCAUUCGAUUCAAGUAAAAUCACACACUGAAAAUAAAGCCAACGAAGUUGGGGAGGGAGGAGAGACUAUCAAUGCAACUUUACUUCUACCCGAAUGACUCGUAUGAUUAAAUUAUUGCCAUCAUGACUAACAAAUGCGAGGAUGAUUGUGACUAAAAAAGUUAUCCUCGG